AUGAAUGACUGUAAAAACAACACCAUGACUGAAUUCUACAUGACCCCAUUCUCCACCUCCAGAAGAAAUGAAAUUCUUAUAUUUACAGGAUUUUUAUUCAUGUAUCUGCUAGCAGUGGUGGGAAAUCUGCUCAUCAUUGCACUGAUCUGUGGUGUACCCCAACUUCACAGCCCCAUGUAUUUCUUCUUGUGUAAUCUUUCUUCAGUUGACGUCAUCUAUGUCUCUGCUAUUAUACCAAAGAUGUUGUUCAUCAUGUUAACAGAAAAUAAGACAAUCUCCUUCCAUGGCUGCCUCAUUCAGCUGUCCUUCUUCAUGUUCUGUGGAAUUGCUGAGAUUUAUAUUCUGACCUCCAUGGCUUAUGAUCGCUAUGUGGCUGUUUGUUCUGCUCUGCAUUAUUCUUUGAUCAUGACUAGGAAAAUUUGCAUUAUUAUAGCAAUUUCCUACAUGAUUUUAAGUGCUGUUAAUUCCCUAAUGUUAACCUUCAUGAUAUUUAACUUAUCAUUCUGUUACUCUCACCAAAUAAACCAUUUCUUUUGUGAGAUACUACAGUUAAUGGCACUGGCUUCUAGUGAAACGAAGCGUAUGAACAUGAUCCUCUCAGUUGAAGAUUUUUGUGGAAGUUUAAGUUUGAUAUUUAUUUUGACCACAUAUAUAAGAAUUAUCUCCACAGUUUUGAAGAUUCGUUCCUCUAAAGGACGGCUUAAAGCUUUUUCUAGCUGCUCCUCCCACAUUAUUACCGUCUUAUUAUUCUAUGGACCAAGCAUCUUCAUGUACAUGAAACCAGAGUCUGAACACUCUAAGGAAGAAGAUAAGAUUCUCUCAAUGUUUUAUGUGGUUGUGGUCCCAAUGUUAAACCCUUUUGUAUAUAGCCUGAGGAACAAAGAAGUCCUGGGAGCUGCUAGAAAAAUGACCAAUGUAAUAUUGAAAUAA